CGAAUGUGUUUCAUCUGUUUUGGACCGUUCGAAACUUUUAAUUGAAUUAUAUUGAACACGAAAAGCGUACAAAUCGUCCGCAUUGUUUUGCAGAAAAUUUCGACUCGCAGCCAUCGACGACAGGAAUUUUCGUAAUAAAAAUCCCGCAAACUAAAAGAUUCGAGUUCUUGUGCCUUCGCAAAUUUUAGUGAUUAAACUGACGCUAAUUUGUUGAAAAACUUUAACCGCAAAGUGUCCGCAAAUAGAAAUUGAAAACUGUGCAAAAUGUCGGAAGUUGAAACUGCUGUUAAUCCCGCCACCACAAGCGCCGAGACGGAGCAGGAGCCGGAAAAGACCGUCACCCAAACGGUGGACGAGGAUGAGGAUAUGAAGGAGGAGGUCUCCGCCGAAACGGAGAAAAUGAUUACCGAAACGGUUGACGAGGACGGCGACGUGGUCGAGGAGACCACUGAGGUUACGCGUAAAACCAUUAAGCGCACCAUGAAAAUAACUGAGACUUCAUCGACAACCAAGACCACCACUCUCACUACGCCUGCCAAAUUGUACGGCAAGGAUUUGAGCGAGUAUGAUGAGGUUGACGUUGAUGCUCUGCUGGCGCAAUUGUCACCGGAAGAAAUCAAUAUUUUGGCCAAAGAAGUCGAUCCCGAUGAUAAUUUCCUGCCACCCGAUCAACGUUGCAGUUAUGAAUGCGCCAAAGAUCCCACUGGUCCGUUGAAUCGCAAAAAGCUUAUCGAGCAUAUUAAUAAGCAGGCCUUAGAAACACCCGAUGAGCCCGAAUUUGAGCCGUACGUUAAGGGUACAGUACGUGGCAAGAAAUGGGUGCCACCGCCAAGAGAUGAAAGCGAAGUUGCCGCUGAGGAACAGAUCGCCAUCGAUUUGGGUGAAGAGUAUGAGCAUGCGCUGAGCGACGCUACACAAGAAGAAAUUAUCGAUCUGGCUGCUAUUCUUGGCUUCCACUCGAUGAUGAAUCAGGACCAAUAUCAUGCUUCUUUGUUGAACAAAGGUCAGCCAGUUGGCAUGGGAUGGGAUGGUAUUACAAAGUCAACUCAACCAAAAUUGUUCCCCAUGGACCCACCAAAUAACACAGAUGUCGAAGAAUCAAUUAAACGCGUAAAAGAUAACGAUUCAAAAUUGAUUGAACUGAACUUAAAUAACAUUAAGAACAUUUCCGAUGAGAAAUUGGAACAACUUUUCCAAGUACUGCCUGAAAAUGAAAAUUUGGAAGUUCUUUCCUUAACAAAUGUCGGCCUUACCGACAAGACAGCUCUCUUAUUGGCUGAAGCAAUUGAGAAAAGCAAAACCUUGAGAGUAUUAAAUGUUGAGACGAAUUUCAUUAGUCCGCCUGUUAUUGUGACCUUAGUGAAAGCCCUGCUCAAGUGCCGCACAAUUGAAGAAUUCAGGGCCUCCAAUCAACGAUCCUCAGUGCUCGGUAACAAGAUCGAAAUGGAAAUAACCGAAUUAGUGGAAAAGAAUCCAUCAUUGCUCAGAUUGGGUCUGCAUUUGGAGUUCAAUGACGCACGCCACAGAGUUGCCGCACAUUUGCAGCGCAACAUAGACAGAAUAAGAAAAGAUCUUGAGUUACGUCUGCAGUUCAGAUUUUUCAAUAAUCUGCACAGAAAGUCAACAAGAAUUCAAUAAAAUAAUGAAUGAUCUUAAUAAAGAUAUAUUUAUAUGUAUAAUGAUUGAAGUAAAAGAAAAUAAACACAAAAAAAACUAUUUACUAAAUAUAUAACGCACUCGUAAGUUAAGACAAAUAAGUACCGCGUUUGAUGCAAGCAAAUGAUAGCGAAAAGAAGACGUGCAAACGCCGCAAGGAUAACAAGCCUAUAUAUUUAUAUAUAUAUAUACCUAGAAAGAGUAAGAGAAAAGCUAAUUCGUCAUUAAAAGAUGCUGCCGACUAUAUCAGACCAUAAUAGCGCGGCUAGCGAGUUAACUUCUGCACAAAAACGCUUAAUUUAGACUUUAGCGCACUUUUGCACACACAAAAAGGGCGCGAAUUUAACAAAGGAUAUGGCGAAAAAGUUCCCAAAUCGAAUAUAAAUUAAAAAUUAAACUAACCUCGUUGAAAAUCAUAAAAAGAAUGAACAACAAAAAUUCUGAGAAAAGGAAAAAGUCAAAAAUUACAGUGCACAGUGUCUGCAAAACAACGUGAAACACACAAAAGCACACAAACACUAAAUAUAGACAAAAACUAUAAAUGAAAUCAAGGAAGAAAUAUAUUUUAACAAACAAAAAAAAAUAAAAUACUUAGGUUUACGUUAAAUCAUAUUCAUAAAUGCAUAAAUAAAUUUCAUACACAACCCACAUAAAAUAUAUGCGAGGUGUAUGGCGAAUGAAAGAAGCCGAUGGACUUAAAGAAGACGAAAGCUGAUAUUGAUAAUGAUUUAUAAAACAAAAACGAAGUUUCGAGAAAUUCAAAAUGAUUUCUAGGAGUAAAUAUUUAUAUAAUAAACAAGGAAUUAAACUGCGAUUUAAAUUAUUAAGUGAAAUAUUAACUCUCCCAACCUAAAAAACAAAAACUCACCACGUACUCUGUUGAAGCCCAAAGGAAUAAUAGCAGACCUCAAACAUAUAACACGAAUACCACAACAACAAAACAACAAAAAACCGAACCAACCAUAAAAUGUGUGAAAGCAUAAAUCCUUAUAACUUUACUUACAAAAUAGUAAAAUCAUGUAUUUACUCAUAAUUCAAAAUAAUAUCGAUAACAACAAAAAGUUUACUCAUAAUUCAAAAUAAUAUCGAUAAGAACGCAAACUGUAAACAAAAAUGCCGAAAAAAUAUAGUGAAGCAGCUGUUGAACAAAUCGAAUCCACCGAAAAACCUGUGCAUCUACAUAAGUCUGUAUGUACACCGUAUACGCUGUGACUGUCGUUUGGCGUGGAUGUCAAGCGCAAAAAAUACGUGUAAAUCGCCUCAACCAGCGUAAAUAAACCGUGUGAACCGACCAACCAACCAACCAACUAGCCACUUUGUUGUUCACCUUAAUUUGCAAAGCCAACCGUAAACAAACAGAAAACCUCUACAAUAUACAUACAUACAUAAUUCUCUACUACUUACAUAAUAUGUGUGUUGUUGAAACAAAAAAUAAGUAGAACAAAAAACUGAAAAUUUUAAAACUUUUUUUGUACUAUUGAAUGAAUGUUUGUAAAUCAUGUUAAAGCAAUGAAAACAAAAACCGAAAACCACCAAAAUAUAAAAUUUGCUCGACUAAUCACUUGCUCCAUCUACUACUGUGUUACUCCAACUACAAUUCAACUGCCACCACCACCACCACAUCACCAUGACCUCAGCAGCCACAAUAUCAAUUUCCAGAAAUAUAAAGGGUGUAAUCAAGCGAGAAAAGUCCCAUUGAAUGAAAUUGUGCAAAAAAGUGGCCGCCUACGACGUUUGGGUCACUUCAGCCGCAACUACACUGUGGGCGCUUGGCAGUAGAAGGCAUGCAGCGCACAGCCGCAACAGAUCAAAGUGGAAUCGGAGCGCAGCAAGCCGUGGCGCUUAUUUAUACACACAUACCUAAUCGUACGACUUCAAAAAGCAAAUAACUAACAUCAAUUAUAAUCCUAGACUACUUGAAUGCUAAAGUUACAUAUGCAGUUACAGCAUUUAUAAUUCACGUGUAUUAAAGUUUGUAAAAAAACGCAGGCACCAAUGCAUGGACACUAACACCAGCGCAAAGCUCGGAGCAAACUGCACACACACGCUUUAUUAUUCUCAAUGAAAAUGCUUAAAAACAUGCAUAAGGGUAUUACGUAACAGCCGAUCUGCAAUAAAAUAUAAAUGUUUGUUUGUUUUCUUAGCUUACCUACACACGUAUUUGCGUAUAUACAUACA